AUGACUUCAAACACACCACGGUGGGUGGAGGAGCCAGGUGUUGGUUUGUGUUACUAUGCUCGUAACUGUGGAUUGAGUGAAUUUCCGAGUGAAGUCUUUGAUGAAAGUCGUAGAAAUGUUGUGUGGAUAUGGCUGAAUAGAAACAAUAUUUCAGAAAUUCCAGAAAAUAUUUCUUGUUUACGUCACCUGAGAUCACUGUUGUUAUAUGACAACAAUCUGAGAACAAUUCCAGAUAACAUUGGAAACCUUUCACAACUAGAAGUACUGUUCCUGCAUGGCAACCCAUUGAUAGAUCUACCCGUGUCUUUGAGAAGACUAAAGAAUCUGAGGUACUUCUCCUGUGACGUCAUAGACGGUAUUUUAGAAGAAGAUGUGAGGAUUAUGAACAACAAGACGGAAAUCAGAAAACUAUUUGAUAAAGUGUUUAAAAGAAAAG